CUUAAAUCAGUUGUUAAAUUGACGUAAAUAAAGAAUUUCAAUUGUCUGUGAGUUAAGUCGCUAUAAUGGAGAUAUGCGGCAGCAUAUUAACCAAUGCCCACUACACUGAGUUCAACUUGAAGUGUAUAUAUUGUUCAAUUGAAGCUGAUCUCAAGGACUGGGAAGAAUUCGUGUUGCACAUAAGAAAUGUCCAUUCAUUCGAUGAGGCGGAUGAAGGAAGUGUUAAAAGUGAAAAUUGCACCCUGAAACAAGAGGAGUUUAACGCAGAAAUCGACAACAACAAAGCCAUAAAUGAAGAAUGCGAGAUUUGGCUAGAUGACGAUAUCGAAUUUGAUCAGAAAUGCGAGUACACUGAAGACGAGGUUGCUUCACAAUUACCCAGUGGGAACGAGAUAGCUUCACAGUCACCCGGUGGGAACGAAACGAGUGCUUUCCCCACCUCAGAUGUCCCUAUAGAUGGUAUAUUGUAUGCCGCAGAGGAGCCAUAUGAUUCUGAAGCCGAAUCAAAUCUAAUAAAUGAGAAUGUUGAUGAUUUUCACACAUUUCCAGAGGACAAUAGCUCAGAUGAUGACUAUGGCAAUGAGAAUGAUCCCAGUUCCAGUGAUUCGGACGACGAACCCGAAGAAUAUCCACCCAAGCGUAGUAGAACUAAUCCAUUGAUUUUAAAGCGCCAAUUGAAAGUUUCAUUCAUUCGGCGAAAUCCACGCGUUUUACACUUUAUCGAAGAAUUCAAGAAGCAUCCAUGCUUGUGGAAACCCGACCAUCCAAAAUUCGACGAUGAAAGAACCAGAACUGAAGCCUACAAUGUAAUAACUGAAGUGAUGGAUAAAAAGUGUAAUGUACUCUUUACGGAGAGGGAACUGAAGAAAUCCAUAGGACAGUUAUUUUAUCAAUACUCGGCUGCUGCCAAAAGUGCAGAACAGAAUAAACUGAGUGGAACUCCGGCACGUUAUUUUAAUAGAUGUAGCUUCCUCUCAACUAGCUAUGAAUCGAAUCAAAGUGACGACGAGAAGUGUAAAACAGAUGUAAUACAGCUUAAUUUCAAGACCAUUAACGAAGUGACGAGCACCUUUAUUGAUGUUUAUGCCAACUUUCCGGUGCUGUACGACAGCUCUCUGCCGGACUUUAAGUGCGUCGAGGCACGCACACAAGCGUACAUUAGGAUGUCGGAGAUGCUGGCGCCGGAGAUGCGUGUGAACGACACGGAAGUUCAUUUGGCCGUAAUGAGACUGCGUAAAUGGGCUUAUAUGAAUCUGCGUCGUGUCAAGUCCAAAGGAUUGCAGCGUCCUUGCACAAAAACGGAGUUGCAUUACUUGCAGUUGUGCAGCUUUCUGCCGCCCAAAAUUGAGAAUUUUGUGGCCACCUGUGAAUUGUGUGGCAAGCGAUUCUAUAUUGAUUACUCUCUGCGAUCGCACAUGGCCAAGAUGCACAAUGUGGGCGAGCUGCCGUAUCUCUGCUCACAGUGUCCACGUCGCUUCGAGAAGGCUUUCGACAUGGAACGGCACAAAUUGCGGCAGCACUGUGAAAAAAUGCUCAAGUGUGAUUACUGUGAUAGUACGUUUGCAGUGAAAACCGAUCUGACUGUCCACAUUCGAACUCAUACGGGUGAGAAGCCGUUUGUGUGCCAUUUAUGUGGCAAGGCAUUUAGACUGAAACUUUUGCUGGACUAUCAUAUCAAUGGACGACAUCUGGAUCUGCGACCAUUUCCAUGCGAUUUAUGCCACAAAGCAUUUCGCAAGAGAGCCCAGCUAAAGAAUCAUAUGAAGGCUCAUCUGAAUAUAAGGGAUAAAAAGUGUGACAUCUGUGGUGCAGCAUUCAGCUGCCCAACAACCCUUUGUAGACAUCGAAAAACUGUUCACGCUCAAUAAUAAGUCAAAUACUAAAGUAUUUUAUGCAGUACUAAUUGUUAUACAUUUAAAUAAAUUCCAUUUGCUCAGAAAGAGCGCGCUAAUAA